AUGUCUCAAAUCCGCAGACUGAGAGCGCAGGUGACAGAGCGGCUGACUGCGGCUGCGCACGAGAUCUGUGCGCUGUUUGAAAGAACAAUAGCGGAGUAUGAGGAGGAACUGAGCCGCUCCAAAGAGGAGAACCAGAGGAAACAGCGGCUCCUGGACUCGUUUGGAGACAGAGCAGGUGUCCAGACCCACUGGUUCAGCCCAGAGUCCAGAAUCAACGAGGAAACCCCAGAGACUCCACAGAUUAAAGAGGAAGCAGAGGAACAGAGCCUCAAACAGGAACAAGAGGCGCUCCCAGAGUUCACUGCUGUGUGUGUGAAGAGUGAAGAACAGUCCUCACUGCUUCAACAAGGACAAACUGAGCCCAGAGAGGAAGCACAGGGAGAGCUCUGUGGAGGAGCACGAGCACACAUCAGCACAGCACACACACAUGGACAGGUCCACUCACACACUCACCUACAAACUCACAACUCUUCAGACACUGACUGUGAUGAAGAGCCUCCAGCCAGCACUUCAACUGCACACAUGGAGACAGAGGCUGACCACAGAGAACACUACGACCAAGGACAGAGGAAAAGAGGAGAAAGAGGAGGAGGAGGAGAGACACUCGAAUGCCCAUUUUGCCAAAAAGGAUUCACGACUAAACAUAACUUGGAGAUCCACACUAGAGUUCACACUGGAGAGAAGAGCUACAGGUGUCCCAUCUGUCGGAGCUCGUUUGUACGGAAGUGUUCUCUGAAGGCUCACGCACGAAUGCACCGUGAGGGAAACCUGUACCGCUGCUCCGUGUGUACAAGAGCCUUCCCCCAGCUCUCCUCUCUCACACAGCACUACCGCACACACACAGGGGAGAAACCUUACAGCUGUUCAGUCUGCAACAACAGGUUCACCCAGCAUCACCAUCUCACAGAACACAUGAGAACCCACACCGGGGAGAGACCUUACAGCUGUUCAGUUUGUGGGAAAACAUUUGCUCGAUCGUUCACUCUUAAAAUUCAUCACAGACAGCACAAAACCGUCCAGGACGCAGGAGAGCGUUUGUCUGCACGUCGUGCAAGUUUGGCUGCUCAGAGAGAGGCUGAGGCGGUGCCAGAGACCAACGCCUCUGCCCCGGGAGGACUGGGACAUGCGAGUGUGAACGCAUCCACACACAGAGAAGCAAAACUCUACUGCUGUUCUGUGUGUGGAAGAACAUUUUCACAAUUAUCCUCACUCACGCAACACAACAGGACACACACAGGUGAGAAACCUUACAGCUGUUCAGUUUGCAAUAACAGAUUCACCCAACAGCACCAUCUGACUGAACACAUGAGAAUUCACACCGGGGAGAGACCUUACAGCUGUUCAGUCUGUGGGAAAACUUUUGCUCGGUCGUUCACUCUUAAAAUCCACAUGAAAACGCACCGAGCUGCACCCUGCAGCAGUUCAGCUCAGACUCUGGUUUAUUCACCAAACUCCGGUCUGCUCCAGAUGGACAUGUGCCAGGAGGAGCUGGAGGACAGAAACAUGUGAAACACCUCCUGAAACCUUACAGCUGUUUAAGCUCAUAAACAAAUGUCUGGUCAGAUUCACAAAGUUCAUCUUGUCUAAAGUUUAAAGGUCGUGUAUCACACUAAACUGACUCCUGUAGCUUUAAGUCAUGUUCUAAUGAUGUUUCCUCCUCAAACACAGACCUGGAGUUGUGUUUUGUUUCAUUCACACAUGUUUGAGUCACACUUUAUUAUUAGUCUGUUACAUCUGCAAACCUCAAAACGCUCUGUUCCACCUUGUGAUGUCAUCAAGUGGUAGUUUUCAUGUGAACUCCUCCUUUUACCUUUAGUUCAGUCGAGAUAAGAGACAACUCCAGGACUGAAAUGAUCCAGAUGAUUCUAGUGAAGGUGGAGUUUAAAAACACAGUGGAGCACUUCCUGUAUCACCACAUGAUGACAUCACAAGGUGGAACAGAGUGUU